UCCGUAAAGUGUCGGAGAAAGCUUUUCUUUUACAGACGGGACAAACUCUGGGAAACAGCCCGACUUGUUGAGUUCUUUUUUCGCUUCCGGUAUCACCGGAGAAACCGACUGGUGCACCCGCUCCCUCUCCUCUUUUUUUUUGGACGCGGAAGGUUUUAAAGAAAAAUGGGUCUUUGAGGAGAGCUGGCAGAUUCCUCUCAACUACAAUGGCCACAGAAUCGUAUUUGGUGCAUGAAGGUCCCCAUCGAGCCCCAGGCAUCUCAGAGUGUUUCCUAGUGCCUGAAUCCUACAGGGAUGAAUUCCAUCCCUUCAUCGAGGCUCUCCUCCCGCACGUGCGGGCGUUCUCCUACACCUGGUUCAAUCUCCAGGCCCGCAAGCGCAAGUACUUCAAAAAGCACGAGAAGCGCAUGUCCAAGGAUGAGGAGCGCGCCGUCAAAGAUGAACUCCUGGGCGAGAAGCCUGAGAUCAAGCAGAAGUGGGCGUCGCGGCUGCUGGCCAAAUUGCGCAAGGACAUCCGGCCCGAGUUCCGCGAAGACUUCGUGCUCACCAUCACGGGGAAGAAGCCGCCGUGCUGCGUGCUGUCCAACCCCGACCAGAAGGGCAAGAUCCGCCGCAUCGACUGCCUGCGGCAAGCCGACAAGGUCUGGCGCCUGGACCUGGUGAUGGUGAUCCUGUUCAAGGGGAGCCCUCUGGAGAGCACAGACGGAGAGAGACUGGUCAAGUCCCCGCAGUGCUCCAACCACACCCUGUGCGUGCAGCCGCACCACAUUGGAGUGUCCGUCAAGGAGCUGGACCUGUACCUGGCCUACUUCGUCCACAUGCCAGAGUCUGGGCAAUCAGACAAUUCCAAUCAACAAGGAGAGUCGGACAUCAAACCCCCACCAAACGGACAUCUGAGUUUUCAGGACUGCUUUGUGACUUCAGGGGUGUGGAACGUAGCCGAGCUGGUACGAGUGUCUCAGACCCCUGUUGCAACAGCAUCCGGUCCUAAUUUCUCUCUUGCGGAUCUGGAAGGUCCCGGUUACUACAACAUCAACCAAGUAGCACUCAGCAGACGUUCACUUGCCUCUCCUCCAUCCACAAGGUCUGAGGUGGAGCUGUACGCCAGUCUUCCUCGGAGCUCUAAUAAGCGUAAGUCUAUAGAUGACAGUGAGAUGGAGAGUCCUGUCGAUGAUGUCUUCUACAGUCGUUCUCCGGCUGGCACCAGCUCCCAGUCCAGCGGCUGGCCGAAUGAUGUCGAUGCAGUUGCAGUGCAGCACCAUUUGACGAGUGUUCAAGAGAGGAAGAUAAAACAUGAAAAUGAUGGUGUGCAGUUUCCUUACCAUGGGCUGUCCUCUCCUGGGUCUCUAAAGAAGCCAGCGGGGAAAUUCGAUUUCAGCGCCCUGUCAGCACAGACGAGGUCCCCCCGAAUGGCCUUCACACACCACCCGCUGCCCAUGCUGGCAGGCGUGAGACCAGGGAGUCCGCGUGCCUCAGCCUCUGCCCUUCAUUUUCCUGCUCCCUCCAUCAUCCAGCAGUCCAGUCCAUACUUCACCCACCCCACCAUCCGCUAUCACCACCAUCAGGACCCACUCAAAGAGUUCGUCCAGUUCGUCUGUGCUGAUGGCUCAGGGCAGCCGGGGGCACAGCCUAACGGGAGCGGUCAGAGCAAACUGCCCGGCUCCUUCUUGCUGCCUCCUCCUCCGGUAGCGCGGCCGGUGCCGAUGCCCCUCCCCCUGUCCGAGCACAAACCCAGCCACACACACCCCGAGAGCGGAGUCGGCUCCCCGGCCUCGCCCUCAGCAUACCCAGCGCCAGGCUCCACAGCUUCCAACAGGUUUGUCGGCAUCGGAUCACGGGACAACAACUUUCUGAACAUCCCACAGCAGACUCAGUCAUGGUUCCUUUGACGAGACUUUUCAUAAACCACACAGACACACAUCCACAAUGAAAACUGGAAAUGGAGUCACAAAGCUAAGUAUGGAACUUUCCCACACGCCCCCCUGUAAAGUCUCUCUCACACACAAACACAUGCACAAAUACACACACCAUUCCCCAAACCGCUGACACCCUCUUUGGAUCGAGGGAUCUGGAAGACUUCAGCAUAACCCUGCCAGUC